AGCCCGAUUUUUGAGGCAGCAGUUGUGGAUGAAAAAUCGCUGUUCACCGGAGAUGAUGAAUCGUACAGUCCGUCGCCAAAGACUAAUUGUCCACAGACGGGCCAAACCGAUCCUGUUGGAGCCCAGGCCACAACACUGGAGCAGGAAGCGCCAGUUGCCACAGACACAAAUCAGGAGAAAGUAACGGACACUGCAGCAGCAAAGUUGACUGUUUCUUCCACCCCUAAGCCUAUACCCAAUUCCAGUGGGGACAAGAUGGCACCGCUCGCCGAAACGGAACGGCUGUCUAAUGGGGACCCGAAAACACCUGGGAACCCCAAGGACCACACCGACAGAAUCAAGGCCAUGAAAGUAGAAGACGCUAUCGAGCGACAUGUCACUCCUCUAAAGAAACCGAGCCCUUUAUCGGCACUACUCACUCCCCUGCACGUAGUUGGGAUUCGAGAUGUUGACAAAUAA